AGGAGGAAGGGAAGUCCAGCGAGGGUUGUUGCCCUAACAUCCCUCUUUCCGCCGCGCCCCAUCAGGCCCCGCUUCCCCAUCCACCUGUCGCACCGAAUCCCGUGGCGCGCCCUGUGCUCUGCUGACCCCACGGCGCGUGCGCGUGCGCUAGCCUGUGCCUGGAUUACCAGUCUUUGGAAGUGGGCCUCGUAUUUUGCCCAGGUUUCAGCCCUUGACCUCUUUUUGACAUUUUUUUUUCCCUCUCCGAGUAGUGCUUUUAUUUCGCUUUGAGCUGUUUGAUCUUCCGUUCAUGUGUAUGCACUUGUGACUGCAUGGUCCACUUGGCAGCUGCCCAGCCAGGCAAGUCGAGUGCAUCAGUUCUGCAAUUCUCACUGCCUGGUGGAUGGGUUAAAUGGCCUGGUGGCUUAGUGAACUUUUCAGUUCUCACUUGGAAGGCUUCGCUCAAUGAAAAUCGUGAUUGGAAGCUUUUGCUAAAUUCGAUAAUAAUAAGCAAUUUAGUUUCCUGUUUUUCGGUUUGAUAGGAUUUAUUUUUUUCUGGGCAGCCCAUAGUUAAUAUGAAUAAUCUUUUUUGGGGGGUGGGGUGACUCCUUAUUUCACAGCAGAUUGGCUUUCUUUAAAAACUCCAUAUAGAUUUAUGGGUGGAUAGGGAGCACCCAUUUUUGCUUUUGAAAAAAAAAGCGAUCUCUCUGCUUCUUUUUAUUUAACAUGUAAAGAGAAAACCUUUUUUUGUUGGAUAUGUGUUCCUGUGUAUGUUAACCUUUGAAUUGUGAAUUCAUAGAAUGCAACAGUAUUAACCAACUUGAUGGCAUCAGCCAAGGCUUUGCAUUGCUUCAGAGAGUGUAUCAGACUGCAUGGCAAAAUUGUAAUUUGGGACCCUACUUUUUGCAAAGAUUGACCUUGCCUUGGACUUAACACACUCUUCAUUUGUGGUUCCUGUUGUAUUGUGUUUCCACUUCAGUGAGUUACGCAUAGCACAAAGCGAAAUAAAGAAAUGAAGUUUUCCUCUUGACUGGUCGAUUUACUUGACUAAAGCCAACCCCUAGGUUGGCCCGGUCAGAGAAGUGAAGAGAAAUGCUGAACUUUACCAGAUGUCACCAUCUGAAACAGAUAACACAGAAGUGUUUUUCUAGCGCGCCGGCUAAAGUACAGAGCCACACACAGCUCCUGCUCCCACGAGCCUUUGCACGUGCAGACGUGGGGAAGUCAUGGCACUCUACCCACUCUCUUGUUGGAGACAAAAAUAUUGUCCUGAUGGGGCCUCCUGGUUCUGGGAAAACAACAGUUGGCAGAAUAUUAGGUGACAAAUUAGGCUGCUGUGUCAUCGAUGUGGAUGGUGAUGUCCUGGAGAAAACCUGGAAUAUGAGUGCAUCUGAAAAAUUGCAGGAUGUUGGUAAUGAGCAAUUUUUAGAAGAGGAAGGAAAAGCCAUGUUAAACUUGAAUGCAUCUGGAAGUGUGAUUUCUCUCAGUGGGUCCAAUCCCAUGCAUGAUGCUAGCAUGUGGCAUCUGAAGAAAAAUGGAAUUGUUGUAUACCUGGAUGUGCCUCUAACAGAUAUAAUUAGUCGUCUGAAAUCAGUGAGAAUUGAUAGGAUUGUUGGCCAGAACACUGGAGCAUCUCUGAGAGACUUACUGAAGCACGGAAGACUAUACUAUAAGAAAUGGUACGAUGCCCGAGUCUUCUGUGAGAGUGGGGCUUCAGCUGAGGAGGUUGCAGACAAAGUCCUUGAUGUGGUUAGACGAUACCAAGAUGUGGAUUCAGAAACAUUCAUUUCAACAAGGCAUGUUUGUCUUAAAGACCACGACAAGAAGUUUCCACCAAAAUACUUCAGUGAAGCUGUGAUUGAGGGAUUGGCUUCUGAUGGUGGCCUCUUUGUCCCUGAGAAGGAGUUUCCAAAACUAAGCCGCGGGGAGUGGGAGAGCCUGAUAGGAGCCACCUACAUAGAACGAGCCCAGGUACUUUUGGAAAGGUGCAUUCACCCUGCGGACAUACCUGCUGCCAAACUAGGAGAAAUGAUUGAAACUGCGUAUGGGGAAAACUUUGCCUGCUCCAAAGUUGCCCCUGUCAGGCACCUUUCUGGCAAUCAGUUCAUCUUGGAGUUGUUCUAUGGCCCAACGGGGUCCUUUAAAGAUUUGUCUUUACAGCUUAUGCCUCAUGUUUUUGCCUACUGUAUCCCACCAGGUUGCAACUAUGUGAUACUUGUAGCGACUUCAGGAGAUACUGGGAGUGCAGUCUUAAAUGGGUUUAGCCAUCUUCAUAAAAGUGAUAAGGAAAGAAUAGCUGUGGUCACAUUUUUCCCAGAGAAUGGAGUUAGUGAUUUCCAGAAAGCAGAGAUAGUUGGCAGUCAGAGAGAUAAUGGAUGGGCAAUAGGUGUCAAGUCGGAUUUUGAUUUUUGCCAGACAGCUAUUAGAAAAAUAUUUAAUGAUUCUGAUUUUACUGGCUUUCUGACUGUGGAAUAUGGGACAAUCUUAAGCUCAGCAAAUUCUAUAAAUUGGGCUCGACUACUUCCGCAGGUUGUGUAUCACGCCUCCGCAUACCUUGAGCUUGUCAGCCAAGGGUUUAUUUCUUUUGGAAGCCCAGUAGAUGUCUGUAUUCCCACAGGAAACUUUGGGAACAUAUUAGCGGCAGUGUAUGCCAAGAUGAUGGGAAUUCCCAUUCGAAAAUUUAUCUGUGCCUCUAAUCAGAACCACGUUUUGACUGAUUUCAUAAAAACUGGACAUUAUGAUCUAAGGAAUAGGAAAUUAGCACAAACGUUUUCACCCUCAAUAGAUAUUCUCAAAUCUUCAAACCUGGAGCGACAUUUAUACUUGAUGGCUAACAAAGAUGGACAGUUAAUGACUAAUUUAUAUAAUCAGCUGGAGAGUCAGCUUCACUUCCAGAUUGAGAAGAUGCUAGUUGAGAAGCUGCAGAAGGAUUUUGUUGCUGACUGGUGUUCUGAGGGAGAAUGCCUAGAGGCCAUCAACACUACCUACCAUGCAUCAGGCUAUAUUUUGGAUCCACAUACUGCUGUUGCAAAAGUGGUUGCAGACAAGAUGCAAGACAAAAGCUGCCCAGUGGUCAUCGCAUCUACAGCUCACUACUCCAAGUUUGCCCCUGCUAUCAUGCAGGCACUGAGGAUUGAGGAACUCAACCAGGCGUCAUCAAGCCAGCUCUACUUACUGAGCUCAUACAAUGCUCUACCACCUCCUCAUGAGGCUCUAUUAGAGAGAAUGAAGCAGAGGGAGAAGAUGGACUACCAAGUUUGUGUAGCUGACGUGGAUGUCCUGAAGGGUCAUGUGGAAGAACUCAUCCAAAAUUGGUUCAUAAGGAAGUCUGUGUAGGGGGUUUUUCUUGGUCCUCCAGAAGAGGCAGAGGCCAGCACAGUACCUGGAACCCUGUGCCGCCGUGCUUUAUUCUCUGCUCAUGUUGGGCGUGGCAGUUUCUCCUUCACCCUGUACUUCUGAGUGGAACAAAAUAUCUGGUAUUUAGAGUGGCAUUUAAAAAUAUUUAAGCACAGUUAGGUGCUACAUCUCUAGCCAUUUAGUGUUUAUUGGACAAUUUGCUGCUUGAGAUAGUUAGCUAACAUAGAGGAAGUAGCAAGCUCACUAAGAUUAGAGUCAUCAUUUUUUAAGCCCUUUCAAAUUCUGUUUUGGACAAUAGUGGCUGACACGUACCCUACACUAUCCAGUUAGAGGUUUGCUGGACCAUUCACUGCUCUUUGAAUGUCUGUAGUUAGCACUGGAGAAGUUUGAAAUCAGACUGAUGUAGGAUGCAGGAGUUGACAGACCUGUGGAGGAGUGGACAGGGAAACAAAGUCACCUACUUCAAGAGGAAGGCGAUCCAAGAUUAGUAAUGUUUAAGUUGCUUUAAUAAAUGUUCAGUUAUAGACAGCAGCUCUUCUGUAUUUAUAGUCUGGUCCUAUUUGUCUCACUUUAAAAAAACAUUUUGGGGUAACUAAAUCCACACAAAUUGCUAAAAAUGCUUCAUUUCCAUUGUAGUGUAGUGACAGUAAUCCUAACUGAUUUGUGUAUUUCCUGAGUAUUUACUUUCUGGAUUGAAGGGCAUGACUGACUGAAGAAGUGCAGUGGGCCGCUCCCCACCACAAGAUGGCAUUCCUCACAGCAUUUGCUACUGCUUCUGGUUACCUUUCAAAGAAAUGUUCAAAAUUGAAACGAUGAAAAGAAAAUGAGUAGUUUUAAUGGGCAAGAAGCAAUUUGUUGUACAAGUUUUAAAUUAAACCAAUUACAUGUUAACAUCAGCUCUCUGGCUUCGAUUCUAAAAUGUAGUUCUAGAGCCUGUAAUGGAGGCAGGGACUGUCCUUGUAAGGUGCACAAAACCCUGGAUUCCAUCCUUAGCUCCUAGGAAGAUAGAGGUAGUAGGUAAAGGUCAUGUUUAGCCACACAGUUUGAGGCCACCCUGGGAUACAUGAGAUCCUGUUUAAAACAAACAAACAAACAACAAACAAACAAACAAAAGACACUUGAAACACUUUUUGUUAAUAGAAACUCAAAGCUCUGUAUUUAUGCACACAUUCUAUCAUUUCAGAAUAUUUGUUUCAGUAGAUAUACUUAGAAAAUUAUAAA